GUCAUGGCUUCUUCAAAAUUAAGACAGAGAGAGCUAAAAGAACCUGUUCUAAAGGCACAUGUGCAAGAAGUAAAUAUUGUGUCGUUCGACCAUCGUCGUCCACGAUUUUUGGAGAUUGGAAACAGCAUUGACUUGAUAAAACAGCAUGUAUUUAAUGCAGAUAAACUGUGUUUCUAUCCCAAACUGGACAUCGAUGAAGACUCUGGAAUCCGAUGGGAAAUACAUCAGAGACUUAAGGGCACUUUUAAGUCAUGUUUCGCCUACACAGCCAAAACGAUGGCAGUAUCUGGUAACAUAACUGCCAAACCAAAUUCAGCCGACGCCAUUUACGACGCCAUUGUCUUUGUGCCAGAUGGACCUACAACAGUAUUUACAGUUAUCCGUGACAAAGUAAGAAGCAAGCGAGAAGUACUUGAGUAUAACCAAACACUCGCAAAAGGUGUUGUCGCAUCCGUCCGAAGAUACGCAAAGGAACAGUUUAGUGUGGUUUUUGGACUGAUGACAGAAUCUGACCUCAUGGAUGAUUACAAGUUUAAGGAUGCUAUCAAUGCAAUAAAGGUUGAAACGUCCAAAUGGUGCGUCCCCGUGACACUAAGCAUGUCAGAUAAGAAGUUCAAGGAAGUCACCAGUGCAUUUCUGUUAUCAGUUGCUUUUACUAAUUGCGUUUUCUCAGAGGAUGACGUUAAUUCGCUGUAUUGUCUCACGCUCGAGCAGUUUCGGGUCCUUACCGAAAAUAUUGACCACAACCAAGUGGUGGUGAAUUCAACACCUUCUUGUGGAGGGGAUAUCCUCUUACUUGAGAUCGCCAAAAGACUAGAGAAGUCAGGCCCAACAACAAUUGUCGCAAAGUCAGAAGCAUUAAUAAAGACUGCAAGGAGGUUGUCCAUUUGUAAGGAUCAUAUUAUCCCUGCUGAUCAUCUGGAAAGCAGGACUUUGGCUGACAUUAUCAAUGUGGUGGCAGACUGUGAUAUCUCUGACAAGGUUCAAGGCAUUGACAAUCUAGGGAGGAUCUGGUAUUUUAUUCGUGGAGGUAAGCAGAUAUGGAACAUAUCAUAAUCUUUAUUUCGUGUAAUAAUAUUUUCUUUUGUUAUAUUUUGCCCAUUGUAACUGAGCAUGAGGAUACGUUAGCAGUUCUAGAUAUUACGACUGAUGAACUUGC